AUGGAGCCCAUUGUUCACAAAGCAUCUCUCCACGCCACUCAGCCGGCAGCGGUCAAAACCGACCCAUCCAUGUCCACGGAACCCAAAGAGACCAUCAAAGGAGAUGGCGAAAGUUCUCUUCCAGAACGCAACAAAGGGCAGCCGUUGAAUUCCGCCAAUCCAGUUGCGAUGGACGACUUGGAAGCGACUCCAAACGCUUAUGAGCAAGCAGAUACUCCACCAGACCAAGAAACAGACUAUGAAUCUAGUGAUUCAUCUGUUGGCCAGGGGUUCAACAACAUUCGACUGCCUUAUGUUGGCAUGGGAGGGGGAUUUGACAUCUACAGAGCUGCCAUCAGACUGGGUACGGACAAAGUGACCAAGUUUACCACGAGACAAAUUGGAACGGACAACCAGAAACAAUUUAUUCCAAUCAAUGGAAGAGAGCUGCUUCUUUACCAGUCAGAAAAGCGUGUUGGCGUCGAUUUGCAGGCAUUCGUCUGCCUGAACAGGAUGAAAUCUCCUACCCAAGGGUCGUGGAGGCUUGAGAUGAGACUCCUGUUCGACGCCAGAAGUGACUCCAUCUUGUUGCUCAACGCGAACAAGCACAUGCCAGUCUCGCGACAAGAUAUUUUCGUCAAUGAAUUGACAGCUUCGCCUGCUAAACCGCCAAUUGCAGUCGAACUCCACCAAAGUUUGGCGCUUAGGGCCGUCUCACAUAGGAUCGUUUGGUUGGGUGAACAUAUUUUCGACAUCGACGUCUUCCCACGGCGAUACCUUUCGUUGCGUACUCCGAAUUAUGAACCGGUGAAAACAGGCGCUAAGAGAGCAUUUGAGCCAUCGUCAUCGUCGCCACGGGCUGGCCCUUCGACAGCCAAGAGGGCGAGAGCAGAGACGAGCGACGGGUUGACUGCUCGCACCACCAUCUACACGAUGCCGCCCACCAGCGAAUUUUGUGCUGAAAGCUGUGAUACAGCUGAGCAAAGUUCAGUGGCCGAUCUAUGCCAUCCACUGGAAAGUCUUCAUCUGGGCAGUGUUAUCCACGUCGCCAAUGGGAACAGGGAAGGGGACUACUCGCUUGUUUACAAGGCUCCUGUAUUUGACAAUGGGAAGUCUCUUGUCUUCCAGGCUCAUCACACGAAGCUGGGGAAAUUGACUGUUGUCAAAUUGCACCGUAAUAACGUCGAUCUGGAAGAUGAUUACGCGGCCCAGGAGCACUGGGCGGUCACCCAUCAUUGGUUACGUGAAGUAAAUUACCAUGGCAGAGUCGGCCAGCAUCCGAAUAUUGCUAGUCUUGUUGGCUACGACGCCAGAUUUCUGACGCUCUAUGUUGAGCAUAUUGAAGCGCCUAGCUUGCAUCUCUACCGCCAAUGUGGAACUAAUGCGUAUUGUACGAUGACCACUCGCGACGCGGAAAAAGUGUUUUCUCGCCUUAUUGAUGCCAUCAACUUCAUUCACCUCCACGACAUCAUCCACAAUGAUAUUAGGCCGGCUAAUAUCCUCUAUACCAGGGAGAGAGGCCCGGUUCUCAUCGAUUUUGGGUGUGCGGCAAGUGAAUCAGUUGUACACACGGGCGGAACACGCUGGUAUAUACCGCCCGAAUUCAUGACAGGGGGCACGCGCGGACGCCCUGGCGAUAUCUUUGCUCUUGGUGUUGUUAUGCUUUUUCUCCUGGGCGAAAUGCCGUUACCAGAGACACAAUCGCCGCAAUUGGUAUGGGAGCCUCGCCUGCUUAGACAAUCCAGCCCAGAAGGCCGAAAAGCCCGUCAGACAAUGUCUGCGUGGAUGGAAAUUGUUGAAUCAGCUUCAGAGACACUUGAGAGAAAUUGGGUGGAUGAUAGACUUGAGGAGACGAUAAUGCUUGCAGUUACUGGGAUGGUGGCAAUGGAAGCUGAUACGAGGAUUACAGGACGUAAGAUACAAGAAGAUCUUAUGACGAGUAUGUUUGGGUAG